GCCCGUUGGCAGCCGUGGCCACAAGUUUACUACACCCCAGCCUAGACUGAGGGGCCUUCAGCGCUCUCGUCAGCAGCUCUUUUCCUUCCGAUUAAAGUGCGAUUUCGGAACUUUACGCUAAUGAGCGUGCCGCGAGUAGUGUCCGUCCGUGUCCGCGAGUGCGCGAAAGCUGGAGUAGCGGCCGCGAUGCGUCGGGAAAAGUGUUUUCUGUGAGGUGUUCGGCCGGCAGGGCUACGCCGUCGUCAGCCGCGGCGCGCAGCGCGCAGCCAUUUUAGGGAGCAGUCCGGCAACGCCGCGCCGACUCCGCCAUUCGAAACAAAGUGUUUUUCUCCAGGUGCUCGAGUUGUGUCGGUUUUCCGCUCGUUUCCUGUGAUUUUCGCGUGUUAAAGUGGUGAUGUGAAGCGCGAGAUGCCGCCGAAAGUGUCAGUGUUGGUGAGGAAGCGUGUGUGAGUGCGAUGGAGAGCGAAGUGAAGCAGCGAAGCCAGAGGAAUAGGCGACGGGAGCGAGCUCAGCGCAUGCAGGCUCAAAGGGAGAGCCAGGAAAAAGGUGGUGGAGACAGUGCCGAGGAUGAGUCUCCUAGCAGGGAGAAGCCUCAACGGCCGCCUCCGCCCAACAGGAGAAAACGCUCCAAAGAACCCUCGUUCGAAGAGGACGUUGUGGAUGGAUUUGCAAUCUUGUCCUUCAAGAACUACGAGGAUAUUGAGGUGGCGCUCAAGCUCUCGGCCAGGAACGCGCUGUCCGUGAAGCUCGCCCUCGCGCCGACCCUCGGCGACGAGAAGAACCACCUCAAGAAUGGCGACGUGUCGGAGGCCGCCCCGGCCGCCAACAACAACAACAACCACAACAACAACAACAACCAGCGGAACCACAACAACCACAACCACAUCAGGCAUUCGGCCGCGUCGGGCAACCUCGAUGUUGGCACCAGUGACGAUUCUGGACGAGCUUCCGAACGGCUAAACGGCGCUUCCGUCGACACCUCGCACGACCGACUGAGCGAUGGGAGCAGUCGAUGCAGUUCUGGAAGGGGAUAUAUCUGUGAUAGUGAGGGCGAGGACGAUCGGGUGAACGAGGGUCGCGUCGGAUGGAGCGUGCCUGCAGCGCGGGGCGUUCAAAUGGUGAGUUCCUCGCGCCGAGGGCACGCCGUCUGGCGGCCGAGCUGGGGACUGGCGGGAACGGACCCGUCCUCAAUCUACGCGUCGCCCGGAGGGAGAAAACAUGAUGGAGCGGCCGCCAGCCACGCCGCCACCAGCAACGGCACCGCGUCGCCCCCCCACCAGCCAGGCCAGCAAGGCCCGGCCACCAGCAAGCACCAGCCGCCCGCCACCGGACCGCACUACCCACCCCACUCGACGCAGGCCAACCGCCUGCCCGGCCACACGACGCUGCUGGCGACGACGGCCGCGUCCCACCAACCCCACCAGCCGCCCACCUCCAUCAUGUCGUCCAGGUCGUCGCCGAGGCCGCCCAUCCCGCCCUACGGCAUGCUGGCCAUGACGACGGCGCCGUCAACGCCGCUCUCGGCGAGCAAAGGACUGACAUCGUCGGCGCCUUCCAAGGGGCCCGCGUCGACGCCACCCGCCCCCUCGCUUGGCCCCGCCGGCUACGGCCUUCCGCACGGGUACCCGCACUACCCGUCGCUGUACUCGCCCUACGGCAUGCACUACCUGCCCCCCGUCGCUUCCAGCUCGCCGCUGGCGUCGCCUCGACCAGACUCGCUGACGGUGCGGUCGCCGCACUCCUCCAGCCUCAAGACCUCCGCGGCCUCGUCGGUGAUUGCCGCCAACGGCCAGCCUCUGCCUUCCGGUCCGCCCGUCGUAACUCCGGGCGCGGCGGGGCAGGGCUCGGCCGCCGGCCACCCCGGCGCACACCCCGGACCCCACCCCGGGGCCCACCCUGGCGGGCACCCCGGGACGCACCCCGCCAGCGCGCGGGCCUCGCCCCUGGGCAUGCCGCUGGGCUCCCACCUGCCUCACGGGCACGGCGCGCCCCCCGCUCUGGGCGGCUCCCUGCCUGGGGUGCACCUCCCUCCAGGAGGCCACCACCCUGGCGCCCACCCCGCGGGCCACCCGGGCCCCGCCACGGCCGCGACGUCAGCAGUGCCCACCAGCACGGCCCCCGCAGUUACCAAUGCCUCUUCGUCUGUGAUCACCACCUCCGCCUCGAGCACCCACAUGCACACCGUGACGACGCCCCUCAUCGGGAGGAGCCACUCGCCGCGCGGCCACAGCCCGUCGCGCGAGCGGGACAGCUACAGCAGCAGCGGGGUGAGCAGCAUGGGCCGCAGCAGCGUGACGCCUGUGAGCAACGCGGGCGGGCCGCUGCUGCUGUCCGGGCCGUCGGGGCCCCAAGGCCCGCUGCCCACAAACCCCUCGCCGUUCAGCGCGGCGGCCGUGGCGGCCUCCGCGACCGCGGCCUCACCCUCGGCGUCGUCGGCCUCCACCCCAGUGUCUUCUAGUCUCUCCUACCCCAAAGGACCUGGCGCGUGGCCGAGUUCCAACUCCAGCAGCCAGCUGUCGCCCGCCGGCAGCAGCCCCGCCAUCAGGCCCGGGCUGGCGACGGCCUCGCCCUCGGCGUCCAUCGCGUCGCCGCACCACGCCGGGCCCUACUCGGCCGGCACCCUGUUCGCGCCGCCGCCCCCCGUGACGGCGGCGGGGCCCACUCCCACCAGCUCCAACCCCGCCCCCUUCUCGGCCGAGUCAUUGCUGUCAAAUCAAGCUGAUCUUCUAAGAAGAGAGUUGGACAGCAGAUUUUUGGCGUCACAAGAUAGGUCUUUAAAUGUUGGUCCCCCGCCAUACUUGAGAACGGAAAUGCACCACCAUCAGCACCAACAUCCACAAUUACAUCCAGGAGCCUCAGCGCUGGGAGCGCUAGGGGCACCUCCUCAAGCACCGUCUGUUUUCCCUCCACCACUUUUCAAGGAUGUGCCAAAGUUGGGAGGUAUCGACUCCCCUUUUUAUCGACAGAAUACUCUGGGUUUGGGUUCAUACCCUUCAUACUCAGGGCUUCCACCUUUAACAGCACUAGGAAAUUCAACUCCAUUUGCUCCUCCAAGUCACUUGCCAACAUUCACUCCCAAGGUUGCUGACCCCUCAAAACCCAAGUCAUCGAAGCAGGGCCGGUGGAACGCCAUGCACGUGCGCAUCGCGUGGGUCAUCUACGGCCACCAGCAGAAGUCGCAGGCGGACGCCCCGAAGCUGCCCGCCGCCGCCGGCCAG